UGUAAAACAAUGUCUUCUCGAAACAAAGUCAAGCUGCCUACGGCUGUGUCUCACUUGUUCCUACUGAAUGACUGGACAAUACGUUUAUGAAACGUUUGUGGGCUGAUAUUAGUGAUAAUAGAAUCUUCGCAUUUGAGUAUCAUGUCAAUAACGAAAGUGGGGGUCAGUGGAGCACGGAUCGUUCCAUAGCAUCGGAACGUCUACACAUCCAACCGACCGCGGAUGAAAUGUUUCCAUGUCUUAGCAUGAACCGCAAAAAUAGAGCCAUAAAAGUAACGGUAUUAGGCUUGUUGUAAAUACAGCGUUUUACGUGGACACAUAGCCAUGGCUACAGCAAUCAAAUAUAAAAGCAGGAUUACGAAACCUUUUCACCUUUACGAUUUUUGGACUCGCAAGGCCAUCUGUUAUUCCAUUUGCUUUAUAUUGAAAUUUAAAAAUCUUGACUGUUUUUCGUUUAUUAUUGAUUAAAAAGAGCCUUGUAACAGUUUUCAUUAGGCACGGAAAAUAAAUCCAGCUCCUAUUUGAUUCAUGCGUGAAAAAUCUCAGUCGGACGUCAGCAAAAAUUGUCGGUGUGUUUGAUUUUAACAGAAAAUGUCGGAGCACGUUCCAAAACAGUUACACCACCACGAGCAACAACAUCUAGGGACAAUUUCAAAAAGAAAAUGAAAUGGGAAGAGCACGGACUGUUGGAGGUCAUUGACUACUUGGAAAUGCGUCGGCAAAAACAACCGUCGAUUUACCUGCCGCCUCAUGAUUUCCACAAAACAAUGGCCACUUGCUUGCACAUCUAACAUGUAGCAACCGAAUAUAAAUCAAAGAAUAAGUAAAUAUGGACUCUGUACGGUCUAAAGAAAGGUGGAAUACAUCGUGACUUGUAUUCGUCCACGGACAUGGACGCGGCUGGAACUAUUCUCACCGUUCUUCUCCUUUUGCUACUCAUCUUUCCAUUGGGCACAGACUCGUUGGCUGUUACAAGGAAUCGAUCCAGCCGUUCGGUUAGCAGUACGCCGUUGCUAUUGGAUGAACCAACUCAUCAAGUGGCGACCAACGACGACGACAACGACGACUCUUUCGUUUACAAAGUUGUCAACAGCGUGACAACAACAGACGCCAGCGAAGCAACAACACAACAACUGCCGUUGACAGGUUCUCGUCCACCGAAUAAUAGCAAUUAUUAUUACUCCAUUCGUUCGGCUUUCAUUGCUGGCCUUCGCGUCGAAGAUGUGGACAAAGGAGUCACUUAUGAUGCAGAUGGAACUCCUAUCGUUCAAGCUGGAAAACCGGUGACGGUGCGCUUAUUUGGCGAUGAUUUCAGUCAAGAUUCGCAGUUCCGUUUCGUCAUGACGGCCCGUCAAAGAGGAGAUGAUUGUGAUGAUUUGCCAUUCUUUGUCGCAGUCAAUGUCACAAAGAAUUCAUUGACAAGUUUCUCGGCAUUGAUCGCAUUCCGUGUGCCCAGCUUAUCGGACCUUGUCAAGUAUUCGUCCACCAGCAGCAAUGAAACGGAAGAAGCACCGGCUUUCUACGUCUGUUCCAUGGCAAUGGCGUUUGACGGUCGGGUCCAUUGGAUUCAUCAAGGCGAAGAGCCUGGAGUCAGAUUGAGGACCUAUGAAAAAUUAUUGCCCCUUUGGCUCCAAAUGGUCAUUAUUGCCAUUCUCCUUUCACUCUCGGGCCUUUUCUCCGGUCUCAAUCUCGGUUUGAUGGCCCUAGAUCGUACGGAUUUGAAAAUUUACCAAAACACGGGCUCUGACAAGGAGAAACGCUACGCACGGGCCAUAACUCCCGUGAGGAAUCACGGCAAUUAUUUGUUAUGUACCUUGUUGCUCGGCAACGUCUUGGUCAAUUCUUCGUUGACUAUCUUACUCGAUGAUUUGACAUCGGGUAUCAUCGCCAUUGUCGGAUCGACGAUGGGUAUCGUCAUUUUCGGUGAAAUCGUUCCUCAGGCUAUUUGCUCCCGUCACGGAUUAGCCGUCGGAGCCCAUACGGUUUGGAUCACCAAAUUUUUCAUGCUGCUCACGUUCCCAUUAUCUUAUCCCAUCUCUUUGAUCCUGAACUUGAUACUUGGCGAAGAGAUUGGAGCCUACUACAAUCGAGAAAGACUUAAAGAAUUAAUCAAGGUAACAAACGAGUAUCACGAUCUGGAGAAAGAGGAAAUCAAUAUCAUCUCUGGAGCUUUGGAAUUGAGAAAGAAAACUGUGGGCAACAUCAUGACUCGACUGGAUGAUAUUUUUAUGCUCAACUACGAGUCUGUACUGGAUUUUGAAACAGUUUCGGAAAUCUUGAAACAAGGUUUCUCUCGAGUGCCAAUCUACGACCGAGUGAGGAACAAUAUCGUCGGCCUGCUGUUCAUCAAGGAGUUGGCAUUGGUGGAUCCGGAGGACGCCGUUCCAGUCAAGACGCUGUGCAAGUUCUAUCAACGAGAGUGCAACUUUGUCUUCGAUGACACGACGCUGGACGUCGUCUUCAAGGAUUUCAAGGAAGGACACAAGGGUCACAUGGCCUUUGUCCAGCGAGUCAACAGCUCAGGGGACGGUGAUCCUUUCUACGAGACGGUCGGAUUAGUCACUUUGGAGGACGUCAUCGAAGAACUCAUUCAAGCCGAAAUCGUCGACGAAACCGAUGUCUGGAUUGACAACCGGAGCAAACGUCGCCGCGAGAAAAGCAGAAUGCUUCAAGAUUUCAGCAGCUUCGCCGUGCAGUACCGGGUGCAGGCCAACCACAAAAUCUCGCCGCAAUUGGCGUUGAGCGCCUUCCAGUUCCUCAGCUCGUCCGUCGAUCCAUUCCAUCCGAACUGGAUCUCCGAGAACGUCCUACGCCGAUUGGUGCAGCAAGGACCCGUCGUCCAGUUCAUCCGAUUCAACAAGAAUAGCAACAAAAUGAGAGUAAAGGACGACCCGGAUUGUGACUCGACUCUGCCGGAUGUAAACUUCAUUUAUCAACAAGGAAAACCAGCCGACUAUUUCGUAUUGAUCCUGGAGGGACGAGUGGAAGUGACGGUCGGCAAAGAAAGCCUCGUCUUUGAAAGUGGACCGUUCAGCCAUUUCGGAUCGUACGCUCUAAAUCUGACUACUGACGGAGUAGCCGAACUAGAUGAACUUGGUGAGACGACAAGGCCACUUGUCAAAAGCAGGAGAGGCAAUGGGACUCAUCCGGCCCGAGCCUUUUCCAUUUCCGAAGGCGGAGUCAUCAGCGGUGGCCUAGCUGGACAGCAAUCGCCUUUGCCGCCAGGAGCUCAUCAGAUGUUCGUCUCGGAUUACACGGUCCGUGCCAUGACUGACGUCACAUACUUACGCAUCAGCCGAUUCCUCUACCAAGCAGCUCGAAGUGCCACUCUUUUAGAAAGGGCUCAAAUGACGUUGGGCAACAACCGGCUCAGCAUCGAUAGCGCCAACGCUACGGCAGAAUCAUCUCAAUUCACUUCGCCAUCAAACUCGGCCGAACCUUCCCAACGCUAUUCGGAUGCUUCAACCGAGAAUCCGAGCAUUGAGGAUCAUGUUCGAGAAUCCGUCACGUGUUCUGACGAAACCAUUAGCAUGAAAGAUCUUCCUUAAAUCAUUUUUCAAAUUCCUUUUCAAUAUUAAACUCUUUAUCGUGCCUAUUCUCGUAGGAUUUAUGAACGCACGUUGUAGACUGUUAUGCAUACGAUAAAUCAACAUUGAAUCUGUUUUUAA